AAAAAUUCUUGACUGUCCUUAUAGGAGCGCAAUUCAAAAUGUAUUGUUCCGAGAGGGGACUAAAAGUUGGCUACUAAUUGUAUACCAACACAUGGCACGAACUUGUUUGGAUAACUCCCAGUCCACGUGUAUCUGGUUUCCAAAAACUAAUAUAUCAACAAUAGUCUAGGUAGCUGGUGACAGAUCCUUACUACAACAAGCUUCUCAUUAAAGACUUAUGGUGCUACUUAUAGUACCCGCCUACAAUUUAUGAAGUAUUGGAUUGGAUUUCAACUGUUGCUUUUCCGAUCUCGGGGACCAAACGGUGUCAAGGUGUUUGCAGAAAAAAUGUCUGGAAAUCCAUUUGUUCACGAAUAUCCACAAAUUCAGAUCAAUUCUGUGAAUAAUCUCACUACAACUAUUCAGAAUACGUUACAAAUGACAGUUUCAACACUACUGAAUCAAAUUUUAGAAAAUUCAAAUAUUAGAAACAUUAAUUCUGCGACAGUUUAUAUAAAGAAUAUUAAAACUGUCCAACAGAAGUUAGAAAUAUUGACUACUAGUGGGAAAGACAAAUUAGAAAUUAUUACAGAUUUUGAUCGUACACUAUCAAAAUAUUGUCAUGAUGGUGAACUUGUCCCGACUUCUUAUGGUAUUUUUGAAUCAGAUCCUGAAUUAACGGAAACAGCGAAAUCCAUGCUUAUAAGUCUACGGAACAAAUACUAUCCUAUUGAAUUGGAUAAUAAUCUUACAGAAAAUGAAAAAACCCCGUAUAUGUUAGAAUGGUGGGAAUUAGCUCAUGAAGUAAUUAUUGAAUGUGGAAUACAAAAACACACAUUAGAAAGAACUGUUAAAGAAUGCCAUUUAGUGUUACGUGAUAAAGUGAGUGAAUUUUUCCAAUUAUUAUCGGAUCAUCAUAUACCAGUAUUGGUUUUCUCAGCUGGACUUGGGGAUGUAAUUGAUUUAUGCCUUCAUCAUGCAAAUGUUUUUCAUGAUAAUAUGCGUGUUGUUUCAAAUUUUAUGCAGUUCAACGAUGAUGGUAAAUUAACUGGAUUCAGUUCACCAAUUAUUCAUGUAUUUAAUAAAACAGCAGGUUCUAUUACAAAUAAUCGUAUACCUAAGCGUCCUAAUGUUUUAUUACUUGGCGAUUCUACUGGUGAUGUGCACAUGGCUGAUGGUGCUACUGUUGAUGAUCCAACAGGUCAACUUGGAACAGUAUUACGUAUUGGCUUUUUAAACGAAUCAGUACAAGAGAAUCUGGAAAAAUAUCAAUCUCUAUAUGAUAUUGUCUUGGUAAAUGAUGGUAGUUUUGAAAUUCCUUACAAAAUUAUCCAAAGUAUUCUUAUACAUAAUAAAUAACAAUAAGCCAAAGAUACAUACAUACACAUGAUUAUUCGUAUCCCUACUAUGAUUUUUUUUAAUAGAAUCAAUCUCACUUCAUCAGAGGAACACAUUAUUUUGUAAUUUAGUCAAAAUGUUGAAGAAAAUGAUGUUUUUCUCAUUAUUUAAUUAUUUUCUAUAGAAUUAUUGUUUAAUUAUCCUUAAAUUGUAUAUCCCUUUUUCCUAAUUUCAAUUUUCCCCUUCAAUACAUACAUAGAUACACACACAUACUAAUAGAUAGAUAGACAGACAGACAGGUUGUGGUACAUGUAUUCAAUCGUGAUCUUCAAAAUUGUCAAUCAAUAUUUAAUUACAAUUAAGAGUUAUAAUCACUAUAGUUUUCUUUCUCUAUUUUUUUGUUUUUCAUUCUUGUUAACAGUUCUAAUUUGUUUAUAGUUUACUCCGUCCACCCUUACCUCCUUUACCACCCGUUUUUUUUCGUACUCCUUUCUUCGUAAAACCAAGAGAGAGAGAAAAAAUUCACUAUGUUGCAACUUUUGAAUAAAGAAUAUUCUACGUAACAAUUUUAAAUAGAUCUAAGUAUAUUUUUAAAAAAGGAAUGAUAAAAAUUAGUUUUCUUUCGUUUGUUUCUAUAGUGAUAAACAUAUUUUUCUUAAAACAAUGCCAGUAUCCUAUUUCACUCUUUCUUUUCUAUUAUUUAUUGAUUUUUUUUAUUGAUAUUUCAUCUUUUUACUUUUCGUAUUAAAUUGAGCAUGUUUACCCUAACUGUGUUUGUAUUCAUUGUGUUUGAUUCUCUUCUUUUUUUAAAUGUGAAAAGAAAUGACUGAAACCACCAAUUGAAAUAUAUAUUCAUAUUUAAUUAA